AACUCAUCGAGGAAGCCAUGUCAACACAACAACCCACGUGAAAGAAAAUCAAUGGCAAAGGAAGAAAGAAGAUAAUGAUCGAGUCGUGUCAUUUUCUCGUUCGCAGCUGCUCCUCUGUUCUUCUUCCCGCUCGGAGGUAAUCAACUGGUCCUUCAUUUGUUGCUUUACCCCUUCAAUUUUUCACCUUUCAUUCUCUUAACAGUUACUUUUCAUCCUCUUUCUGAAUCGAUAAUCGAAAUUUUCUCCUCCUUUAACAUGAUUAAUGUUAAAUAAGAUUUAUCAUGAGUUUGAAACAUUGUCUUGAAUGCUACAUCUGAAUCUGAUAUAUUGCUCAGUUUUAUUAGAGCUUUCUGACUGAAGUUCAUUCACUAAAGAACUCCCAAAUCGGAGUUUUGGGUAUAUAUAUAUAUAUAUAUAUAUAUAUGUUGCAAUGCAAAGGCAGAACCAGAAUGUACUGCAAUGUAAAACUUUAAUCAGUUUUGGAUUAAACCCAAAUGAGAAAAUGGAGCCGAGAAUCCCCAUUUUGAUUCCCCGCUGGCUUUCUUCGGAGAAAGAGCCCGUUCGAUUGUCGAUUACAAGACCCGAAGUUCCAAGAAACCAAUUGUUAUACAAGAGUAAAAUGAGAGUUAAUGCUGGAAAUCAGGGGGAGUUGAGUGAUGAGGAUGAUGAUCUUUGCCCUGUAGACUGUGUGCGGGAAUUCAAGACGGAUGAAGAGUUCAUUAAAAUUCUAGACAAGGCGAAGGAAAACGGUGGUUUGGUAGUUGUGGACUUUUAUCGAACAUCUUGUGGAAGUUGCAAAUAUAUAGAACAAGGGUUUGCAAAAUUGUGCAAGGGGUCUGGCGAUCAACAGGCACCGGUUAUCUUCUUGAAGCAUAAUGUCAUGGAUGAAUAUGAUGAACAAUCUGAGGUUGCUGAACGGCUAAGGAUCAAGACUGUGCCACUGUUCCACUUCUACAAAGAUGGGGUCUUAUUAGAAGCAUUUCCUACAAGAGAUAAAGAGAGGAUCCUCACAGCCAUAACCAAAUAUUCAUCUUCUCCACUUCAAAUUUAAUUUGAUCAUUAUUCUUGUGGCCUUGCACCUUUUGUAAAAUAAUAAUACCAAACAAAACCACGAAUCUGAUACAAACCCCAUCCAGCCCUUUAUGUGACAAUGUAAGAUCUUGGGAGGAAUCAUAUGCUUGAUUAUCAUAUUUUGUGCUCUGUAAGAUCAUAAAUUAGAAGAUGAGCCUCUUGUAGUUUGUGCUUUUGUUUAAUCUCUUGUUUGAAAUAGGUAGCAGCAGAAAGGACAAAUAUAAUAAUCGAAACAAAUUUUUGAUCUGUUGUAUUGAUCAAAUCAAAA